UAUAAUAUAUAUGAUUUCGUAUAAUAUAUAUUUUACAGCAGAUGUUGAUAAACAAAAAAUUGACAACAUUAUGGGCGCCCGCCAAAGAAGAAAAUGGAGUGAUGGGGAUUGUUAUUAAAAUUAGAAAGCCUGGAAUCUGCAAUUGUACUCAUCCUGCCCGGAAAAACAGCAAUAAAGGAGGGAAAGACUUGAAGAUUAUAAUGUGACUGGUUUUACGGAGGAACUAUCGGCUAUUUUACCUAUAAAAUUCAACUUCAAUCCUGAACAUUUCGCUCUGAACCAGUUUUGGUUUUGACUGUUUAAACAUGGCAGGCACUCUGCAAUCUGCAUCUUCUGAUUUUCUAGUUCUAUGUCUUAUGCUUCUGUUAACCAUCUAUUCAUGUAAUGGGUUUCCAACAUCCUUGGAGCCACCCAAGGGAAACAGUUUGAAGUUGAAAAGCAGGACACAGAGGGGGAAUUAUGUGUACAAGUGCAGUAAUAAGACUUGGGUUCCUGUAUUCGCCUUUGCAACUCUAGUUAAUCUUACAGAUUCCACAAAUGCUAUAGGGAAUUACUCUGUGUCCUAUGCUCACACUGAUCAUAGAUUUGUGGGUAUGUGGACUCUCAAAAAUGAUGAUGCUGAUUCUGUAGAAUCUGGAUCACCCACAAGUAUUGUGGCAGGAAUACAGAUAGCAUCAAUGUCUUCUCUACACAGUUCAAGCAUUCCACAGGUCUUAGCUGAGGCCAGCUUCCACAAAAAUGAAGGGAUUGCCUAUCAGAUUUCCUACAUCCAGAGAAUCAACACCAAAGGUGGAAUCCUCCCAAAAAAAUUGUGCUCAGAGAAUUCAACAAUUGCUGUUCCCUUUGAGGCAGAGUUCUGGUUCUACACACAAGAUGUGAUCCCCCCAUCAGUGCCUGCAGCAAUCAUGGUUCCAUCAGGUCGAAUGGUGGAGGGUUUCUUCUGCACAGGGCCAAUAAUUUACUCCUUUGAUGGUUCACAAUGGCAGAGAAGGAGCUUGAAUGGCAAACUCUACAAUGUACCAGGGGGAGAUGAAUUUGGAUCCUUUUACAUGAAAGACAAAGCAGAUAACCAUGGUGGGCAAUUCCUCUUACAGACUGAAAAUCCCAAUGGGUGGCAGCUCAUUGGGAAGAUCUCUGGCAGGCCUACCACAAUCUCAAAUGACAGUCUUCCAUGGACACUCUUUACUGUUACCAGCAGCUCUGGGAAUGUGGAGCUGCUAGGACCUUUCAGCUAUUUUCAAAUGGUAGCAACAAGAGGAGGAAUUCCUCCCAUGCCUUCAAAAGCAACAAAGAAAGGAGAGUUAUGGACGGGAAGGUUUAGUGCCCAGCUCUGGAUCUAUACUUGAACAUGGUUUUACCACAUGUAAAUUUUGUUCCCCAACUUUUUAUGAGACAUCAAUGGAAAUUAUGAACUUCUAAACUUCAA